CUCUGGAUGAAUUCCUAAAGAAUUUGGAAGUUUGACUAGUUUGCAGGAUCUUGUAUUGUCGGGCCUUGUGAAAGGCCAUCAUCCUCAAUGAUGAAGGGACAUAACUUCAUCCUUAUCACUGUACUUCCUAUUAUGGGAACACUGGUACUUCUUUGCGCUCUCGCUGGUGCUCUCCUUAUGUGUGAUCAAAGAAGACGAGUUAGAGAGGUUGAGAAAUGGGAUGAUGGUUGGCUUUCAAUAUCCAUGAUAGAUGGAAAGGCAUUGUAUAGGGACAUCUUAAACGCCACUGGGGACUUUGAUGCAAAAUUUUGCAUUGGGAAAGGAGGGCAUGGAAGUGUUUACAAGGUAAACCUUCCAUCACUAGGGAAUAUAGCUACGAAGAGAUUUCAUUCUUCAUUUGAGAAUACACAUCCCAAAAGCUUCAUGAAUGAAGUAAGGGCAUUGACUGGGAUUAAGCAUUGGAACAUUGUAAACCUCUACGGCUAUUUUUCGAAUGCACAACACUCGUUCUUGGUUUAUGAGUAUGUGGAGAGGGGGAAUUUGUCUAGUAUUUUGAGCAUUGAAGUUGAGUCCAAGAAAUUGGAUUGGAUUAAAAGGGUGAAUAUCAUUAAGGGUGUUGCUUUUGCUUUAUCUUACAUGCACCACGAUUGUUUACCACCGAUUGUUCAUCGAGACAUAUCAAGUAGUAAUAUUUUGCUUGAUUUUAAGUAUGAAGCUCGUGUUGCAGACUUUGGCAUAGCUAAGCUUCUCAAGCCAGACUCAUCCAAUUGCACUGCAUUUGCAGGCACAUAUGGCUAUGUUGCACCUGAGCUUGCAUUUACAAUGAAGGUUACACAAAUGUGUGAUGUCUAUAGCUUUGGGGUAUUAGCAUUGGAGAUAAUCAAAGGAAAGCAUCUUGAAGAGUACAUUACUGUGCUAGCAAAUUCAUCUACUAUAGAUCAUGUUCAACAUGGUGAUUUUCUAGAUGAACGCCUGCCGUAUCCUGAAGAUAGAGUGAAUGAAAUUUUGUUUUUUUAUCAUCAAACUCCCAAAUCAAGACCAACAAUGCAUUUCAUCUCUCAUAAGUUAUCAUCAAUGGAUGUACAUCCUCCCACUCAUCAGAGAAACCCCUAUAUAAGGCGAGCUACAUAAUCCCUGGUACAUAAGGUGUCUUUUACUUUGCAUGUAUUGAAGUGAAUAACAUGUGUGAAUUAUUUUGAUAGUGGACUAGUAUUGUUGUAUUGUUAGGGAGCUUAUUUGGUUUACUAUAUUAAUAUACAUACCGUAUAGUGUAAAAGAUGAUUUUAUCUCCUUAUGCUAACAAAUAAUAAAAAUCUUAUUCGUGAA